AUGUCUGCCCCUCAGCUCAACAAGAUCGCGGCCAACAGCCCCUCUCGCCAGAACCCCUCUGAGCUUGAGACCGCCAUUGCUGGCGCCCUCUAUGACCUUGAGUCCAACACUGCCGACCUCAAGGGUGCUCUCCGCCCCCUUCAGUUCGUCUCUGCCCGUGAGAUCGAGGUUGGCCACGGCAAGAAGGCUAUUGUCAUCUUUGUCCCCGUCCCUUCCCUGCAGGGCUUCCACCGCGUCCAGCAGCGCCUCACCCGUGAGCUCGAGAAGAAGUUCUCUGACCGCCACGUCCUGAUCCUCGCUUCUCGCCGCAUCCUUCCCCGCCCCAAGCGCUCCACCCGCUCCCGCAACACCCUCAAGCAGAAGCGUCCCCGUUCGCGCACCCUCACUGCCGUCCACGACGCUAUCCUCACCGACCUCGUCUUCCCCGUCGAGAUCGUCGGCAAGCGUCUCCGCACCAAGGAGGACGGCUCCAAGACCCUCAAGGUCGUCCUUGACGAGAAGGAGCGCGGCUCCGUCGACUACCGCCUCGACACCUACUCUGAGGUCUACCGCCGCCUCACCGGCCGUGGUGUCAUCUUCGAGUUCCCCCAGACCACUGCUGAGUACUAA